AUGAAGUGUUUACAGAGCAGCUCCCCUCAACCUUGUGGGCACCAGGGGGUCAGUUCCAUGGAGAAAGGUUUUUCUGUGCACCAGAAGGUUUUGCCUGCUGCCUGCAUCCUGCAGCUGAGACCCUCCCUCCCUCCCUCCUUCCCUGCCCAACAGGCGCUGAUAGGGACCGAUUCCAUCUCCAACUUGCACAAACUGGAGCAGGUCUCCAGCGAUGAAGGCAUCGGGACGCUGGCCGAGAACCUGCUGGAAGCCCUGCGGGAGCACCCGGAUGUCAACAAGAAGAUUGACGCGGCCCGCCGGGAGACGCGGGCGGAGAAGAAGCGGAUGGCCAUGGCCAUGCGGCAGAAGGCCCUGGGCACCCUUGGCAUGACGACGAACGAAAAGGGACAGGUGGUGACGAAGACGGCGUUGCUGAAGCAGAUGGAGGAGCUGAUCGAGGAGCCUGGUCUGACGUGCUGCAUCUGCCGGGAAGGCUACAAGUUCCAG